AGAUUUCAACUUGAAGACAGCAGAGGGCGCCUGACCACACAAAAGACACUGAAGCCAACCUUCAGGCCCGGGCCCGGUGGCGGCGGGAACAACAGGCGUCGAGUCCCCCGGAGGAGGUCUCCGAGCUGAGGGCGGACGGCACGGGGACGGGGACGGGGCCCCACUGCUUCCAGGCGGACGCCACCCAGAGCCCGAGGCCCCCAAGCCCGUUUCCAAAGGCGGAGCACAACGAACCGCACGUAUUUUUUGAGCGCUGCGCGCCGCUCGAGACUCUCAGGCGUCCCGGCAUCUUCUCUGACGCGGCGCGAUGGGCAAGAAGGGCAAGAAAGAGAAGAAGGGCCGCGGGGCGGAGAAGACGGCCGCCAAGAUGGAGAAGAAGGUGUCCAAGCGCUCGCGGAAGGAGGAGGAGGACCUCGAAGCCCUCAUAGCCCACUUCCAGGCUCUCGAUGCCAGAAAGACUCGGAUCGUGGAGACACCCUGCCCCCCGCCUUCUCCAAGGUUAAAUGCCUCACUCUCCGCUCAUCCUGAGAAAGAUGAAUUAAUCCUUUUUGGUGGUGAAUAUUUCAAUGGCCAAAAAACUUUUUUCUAUAAUGAACUCUACAUCUACAACAUCAGGAAAGACGCCUGGACUAAAGUCGAAAUCCCCAACCCACCUCCGAGGCGUUGUGCUCACCAGGCUGUGGUGGUGCCCCAGGGCGGCGGACAGCUGUGGAUCUUUGGCGGGGAGUUUGCCUCUCCCGAUGGAGAGCAGUUCUACCACUACAGGGACCUCUGGGUCCUGCAUUUGGCCACCAAGACGUGGGAGCAAGUCAGAUCACCAGGCGGUCCUUCAGGACGGAGUGGACAUCGGAUGGUGGCCUGGAAGAGACAGUUAAUCCUUUUUGGUGGCUUCCAUGAGAGUACAAGAGAUUACAUCUAUUACAAUGACCUGUACGCCUUCAGCCUGGACGCUUUCACGUGGAGCAGGCUGUCCCCGUCCGGGACGGGGCCCACACCCAGGUCCGGCUGCCAGAUGACCGUCACCGCCCAGGGCAGCGUCGUCAUCUACGGGGGCUACUCGAAACAGAGAGUCAGGAAAGACGUGGACAGAGGUACCCAGCACUCCGACAUGUUCCUGCUGAAGGCUGAGGAGGGAAGAGAAGGCAGAUGGGCCUGGGCUCGGGUCAACCCUUCCGGAGCCAAGCCCUCGCCAAGGUCCGGCUUCUCGGUGGCUGUGGCCCCGAACCAUCAGACGCUGCUCUUUGGGGGUGUGUGUGAUGAGGAGGAGGAGGAGAGCCUGGAGGGUCACUUCCUCAACGACCUGCACUUCUACGACCCCGUCAGGAACCGCUGGCUCACGGGGCAGCUGAAGGGGCCCAAGGUGGAGAAGAGGAGGCGCAGGCGGGGCAAAAGAGGGGAGCCCGGGGGUGCCAACCAGCAGGAAAUGAAGGGGACCGGGGCCCAGGAGCCCCUGGAGGUGGUCCGAGAGGUGGUGGCAGAGGACGGGACCGUGGUCACCAUCAAGCAGGUGCUCGCUGCCCUGGGCCCAGCAGGACGGCCUGAGCCCGACAACGACGAGGACGAUGACGACGGCCCCAGCGAGGCGGGUGUCCCUGCGGUGGAGCCCAGCCCCCGCUCCAACGCCAUGCUGGCCGCGAAGCAUGGGCGCCUUUACCUCUAUGGGGGCAUGUUUGAGGCUGGCGACCGCCAGGUCACCCUCAGCGACUUGUACUGCCUCGACCUUCACAAGAUGGAGGAGUGGACGGUCUUGGUGGAGAUGGAUCCAGAAUCUCAGGAGUGGCUGGAGGAGACGGACUCGGAGGAGGACAGCGACGAGGUCACGGGCGCAGAGGGCGGCGGGGAGGACGAGGAGGACGAGGCCGGCGGCGCGGAGGCCGGGGAGCAACGCCCCUCGGCGGCACCCGGUGAGCCGUUCGCAGACUCCCUGCCCAGGACCGAGCAGUAGUGGGCGAAGCUGGCGUGGGACGACGCCGGGCCCUGGAAGGAGAGUGCCGAGAGCCGCCCGGGCCAUGGCCACGGCUUUCUCUGCUGACUCGGCCUGAGCCGCACACCAGCCAGAGCAUAGACUGCGGGGGUCGGGUUCCCCAGUCUAACCGCAGUGCGCUGUGUGCGGUUUAAAAUAAACUGGACUUGGCAGGGGCUGCCGCCGCCAAGGUGGUCUUCCGUGCAGCCACCGGGCCCCGGUGGUUCUGGCGGGGCCUCUGGCUGGGUCGGGGCCAAGAUGCGGGCGAGGGGAGCCGCCUCCACGGCAGGCGGCACCUUGAUCGUGAAGUGGAACGCUGCGGGCUUUGUGGGGUUCCCCUCUGCAAAACUAGGAGACAGGCUCUGCCCGCCUGCGUGUUCAGCUGACUCUUUGAUUUUUAAAAAUUAUCGGUAGCCGCCCACCGCCUCCUGUACGCAUUUUCUUGGUUCUCUGGAGAAUAAAGCGCCUGUUGUGGGCUGGUCUGCUCGCUCUGC